AUGCUUUCCGCAUUGACAGAACAGUCACGUUGUCAUCCAAAACGGCACAGCAGUCUGCCUGCCGCGGCACAUCCUCUUCCGGACCCUACCCUCUGCGCAACCCACAGAAAAGCUCCAACGAUGGUCAAAUUCCUUGGUCCCGAAUACAGAGUAUCACCACCCUUACACGUCCAAUGCAUCUCCAACGCACCCCUAGACGACAGACUAUCCGCUCUCCGCGCCGCCUUAGCAGCAGGCGCCGACCCAAACGAACUAGGCGGCUGGAAGAACCCCGGCACCUGCCGGCCACUACACUACGCCAUCGACGACUCAGCACAGCAUGAUUACAGACAACUCAAGCUGAACUUCCCUGUUGUGGAGGCGCUGCUCGAGGCCGGUGCGGAUCCGCGGCUGCCAGACUUGAGGCCUGGGCGGCGCUCGCCGAUUCAAGAACUGGAGGGCUGGUUCGAAGCCUACGAGUCGGGUCACGCAGGCUGGUGUGCUGAGGAUCUGGAGAUGUGCCCUUUUUAUGAGAAAGCGUUGCGGGCUAUGAAGAAAGUGGCAAAGGAGCUAGAUGCUCGAGAUGCCUCGCUGAAUCGACAAGUCAUGUUGAGGGGUCUGCUUGAUUGA